GCUGAUAUUUAUCUUGAGAAAUAGUUUCAGCAAUAAUUUUAUUUACAACUCUUUACAUAUUACUACAAACAUUAAACUUUCGUUACAUGACAUCAAAAUCAUUAAGAUUGAUCCUGUACGUCCUAUAAAAUAGCUGUAGAAGAUAUAAAACAAUGUCUUCAAUGUGUGACAGCGGCGAUUUAAUAUACACAGCUAGAUCACUGAUCACCAAUUUGAAGUCAUAUUCAGAGAAACAGAACGCUCUCCGUUGGAUCCGAAAAAUCAACGUGGCAUACAAAAGCCCUGAAAAUGAGAUUCUAAAGCAAGACCUUUUGAAAGCUCUAAUCAAUAAAAUGGAGGAGGGUGAACUUGUACAUCCUUUUAAUGAAGCACCCCCUGAUGGCUCGAUCAAAGCCCUUUAUCAAUUAAUAGAUGAAGAAGACAAAACAUUUUCGGACUAUAUCGAUCCUUCAAAAGGUUUGUGGGCUAAUAAAAAUAGGCCUCUGAGCCCAAAACGUCCUAUGCUGUACAAAUUAUCCCCUGAUGGAGGUGCAUUCUUGUCGAGCCAGCCUCUGCCCGAACAAGGCGUUUAUUGCUACAUUGCCACAUGCUGGCCGCAGAAUAACUAGACACAUAAAACAAAAAUAGUUGUUUGUUUGCACAAGGUUCAAAAUAAAAUGCUCAAAAAAUUGAUUUAAU